AUGGAUUUUGAUCAUCUUGCCGAGAAGAAACAGGAACAGAAGGCCACUGCUUGGUUGAAGCUUUGGUCAAGCCGGGACCCAGGAAUUCUGUCUAUGGACCUUGCAAAGAAGCAUCGACCUGGUAAAGCCGUAUCCGCAUGCCUAUGGAAAAGUGGUAUGAUUGAUGAUCCGGAUGUUAUUGUUCGCUUCGCUGCCCUUGGAAGGGCUAUCCUCCGCAGAGAGAAAGUCCAAAUUGAAGUGGCGACAAUGAGGCUACUUCGAUACCUGUUCCUAAAGUGUACGGCUCCGGUAUCUGCUGGGCAGACCCCUACAUUGUUAUGUCAUUUCUCGAAGGAGUACCGUUGUCACGACUCCUCAAAGAUCCUUCGUCAGAAGGAAGACCAGUUCUGA